AUGUAUCAUCCCCAAAACCCUUAUCAGUCUUUACUUAGGACGGAGAAUAUAGAACCACUAAUCGGUACCAUUGAGCAGCUAAAUACUGAAGUGAGCAACAACGAAGCAACCCUUUUUGAAUUAUGUCGUGUCCUUGAUGGCGACUUUCAGUUUCCCACCUCGGUUUCCAAAUUAAACGAGUCAGAAACGAAAAAGGGCACUAAUAACGAAGCAUUGUUCUAUCUUAUCGAGCAGAAAUACAAUCUACCGCAUUCAGAGGAUGAAUCUAGAGAGGGCAGAUUACAGAACUUGCGUGACCAAGUCAGCCACAUGGCCAAGCUUCGUGAAUCAAAAGUUAGGAAGAACAAGGAACUCCUUCAGUUAAUCCAUGAUUACGAGGACGAGAUUAUGUUACAUAUUCUACCUGAACUAAGGAAUAAGCUUGAUUUCUCGGAGGACAAAGACGUGGUUCACAAAUUAAUAGAACAGAAGUUUCAACGAGAGGCCGAGUUAUUCUGCAAGUUUAUCGAUAAGAUGUGA